AUGCGUUGGCAGCCUGGCAAGAACAGAAAACCCAAGCCAGAGAAGUCCAUUUUGUCGACAUCAGUGAUCUUGGGAGACGAUAAAGUGUAAACUUUCGAUUGUUUUGCAGAAAACAUGGAAAACAAUGAUUGCAGAAUAUGCGAGCAGUUGCUGAUCGGCAAAAAAGGUUUGACAGUUCGUCGCGCGCAACUGAAGAGAAAAGAUUUUGUUACUGAGAUGGCGGCUAUGCUGGUAAACGAAGAGGAAGAAGGAGAACAAGAAGAAAUGAAGGAAAAAGUGAACGAGGAGAAGGUCGAGAAAUCUGAAGCGGAAAAAGACGAGGAGAAAGAAGAAGAAGAGGAGGAGACGGCCGACGAGGAAUCGGACGAUUCCGAUGACGGUCAAAAUGAGGAUGAUACUGAUACUGAGGAUUCUGAUGAUUCGCCUGACACCGAGUACGCUUCUAUCCGAUUUCCCCCGCACAAAUAUUUUGUUUCAGAGAAGAUGCUCCGAUCCGAAAUGUUCCGAUCGACGGCUGUCAGAUCGUCAGCGCUUUUUUCGUCUGCCACGUCGUCGUCCUCAUUCUCGCCGCCGUCUUUGCUUUUCUACGCUGA